UAUUGUAAUUUAAUUUUAAAAACUUUAACUUUUGUUUGCUCUCUUAAUAAAAACACUAUUCUUUGUUAAAUUAAUUACACAGAAGUAGCAAGUGUACAGGCUAUUCUACAACAUAUUUAUUUGUUAUUUGGUUGUAUUCCAAGGCAUAAUUUGUAAUUAACAAUAGGAAGAAACAAUAUUUUUUUAAAUAAAUUGAAAAGUGAAGUUCCCUGCAAUUUGGAAAGUGAGAUUUGAAAAAGAUUUGAAAGCAGAAAUUGAUGGAAUGGACCCAUUAAAACAGCUGAAGACCUGGUUCUGGUUAAUAUUUUGAGAUAAUUUUGCUCUAAUCUAUAUUAUUUGGAUAAAGUCUUUAUAGGUAAUGGCUGUUUUAAGGAUUGAAAGCAUAUAUGCAUCUGUCUGGAGUAAUUCUGUGUAAGAAGCACCAGGUGGUAAAAAGCAAAUGAUGUUUCUGCUUGUGUAGCACCUGUUUUUGAUUUCAGAGGGAAAACAGAAGAAAAUUACUUCAAUGGGUGGUGACAUUAGAUACAGCUGCUGCCUGGCGGAAAGUAUGUUAUCUCCCCUUUACCCAAGAGAAAAUACUUCUGUCUUGCAUCAUGGAUAGAGUGAGAGCUCCAGCUAUUUCCUACCAGAGGAAAAGACAGAAAGGGAUGCAUUCCCCAGGCCUUUCCUGUAGUUAUGAAAUAAAGUUCAAUAAGUUUGUAAUUUUUAUUAUGCAGAGGAAAAUGGGCAUGACCAGAAGGACGUUUUUGAUGGAGUUGGCAAGAAGAAAAGGUUUCAGAGUAGAAAGUGAGCUAAGUGACUCUGUCACUCAUAUUGUGGCUGAGAACAACACUUACCCGGAGGUGCUGGACUGGUUGAGAGGACAGUCUGUUGGCGACAUCUCCAGGUUUGAACUGCUGGAUAUCUCCUGGUUCACAGCCUGCAUGGAAGCAGGAAGACCAGUUGAUUCAGAAAUGAAGUAUCGUCUCAUGGAAAAAGACCACUCUUCCUCUUUGAAUACACCUGAAUCAGAAGUGCCAUUAUUUACUGCAAGCAAAGUAUCUCAAUAUUCUUGCCAAAGGAAGACAACUUUAAAUAAUUACAACAAGAAAUUCACGGAUGCCUUGGAAAUAAUGGCUGAAAAUUAUGAGUUCAAAGAAAAUGAAAUAUUCUGCCUGGAAUUUCUGAGAGCAGCUUCUGUGCUGAAAUUUCUUCCAUUUCCAGUAACCAGAAUGAAAGACAUACAAGGAUUGCCCUGCAUGGGAGACCGAGUCAGAGAUGUGAUUGAGGGUGUUAUUGAAGAAGGAGAGAGUUCUAGAGCUAAAGAAGUGUUAAAUGAUGAACGGUACAAAUCAUUUAAGCAAUUUACUUCGGUCUUUGGGGUGGGAGUGAAGACAUCUGAGAAAUGGUACAGAAUGGGUUUACGAACUGUGGAAGACGUAAAAGCUGACAAGACCCUGAAGCUAUCAAAAAUGCAGAAAGCAGGGUUUCUCUACUAUGAGGACCUUGUGAGCUGUGUAUCUAAAGCAGAAGCUGAUGCAGUAAGCUUGAUUGUCAAGAAUACUGUGUGCACAUUUCUACCAGAUGCUGUAGUUACCAUAACUGGUGGCUUCAGGAGGGGUAAGAAAAUUGGACAUGAUAUAGAUUUUUUGAUCACCAAUCCAGGACCAGGAGAAGAUGAUGAACUUCUGCACAAAGUUGUUGACUUAUGGAAAAAACAGGACUUACUGCUAUAUUGUGAUAUUAUUGAAUCAACAUUUGUAAGGGAACAGCUACCAAGCAGAAAAGUUGAUGCCAUGGAUAAUUUUCAGAAGUGUUUUGCGAUUUUAAAAUUAUAUCAACCGAAAGUAGACAAGAGCAGUUACAACACGUCAGAAAAAUUUGAUAUGGCAGAAGUCAAAGACUGGAAGGCAAUCCGCGUGGAUCUUGUCAUAACCCCCUUUGAGCAAUACGCAUAUGCUCUGUUAGGCUGGACAGGCUCGCGGCAAUUUGGACGUGAUUUGCGGAGAUAUGCUACUCAUGAAAAGAAGAUGAUAUUGGAUAACCAUGCCUUAUAUGACAGGAGAAAGAGGAUCUUUCUCAAAGCUGGAAGUGAGGAAGAAAUCUUCGCACAUCUUGGCUUGGAUUAUGUUGAACCAUGGGAAAGGAAUGCUUAAAACAAUUUGCCACUGUACUUUCAUCAGUUGGUAGCAACAGUAUUUCUGCCUGUUUUGCAGUCUGAUUUAUACAUAUAUAUAUAUAAAUAUGCCUCUCUAUGGCAACUAAAAAAAAUUAAAAAUAUAUUAGUUAGAAGCUACUAUAUAUAUGCUGAUGUUCCUAGAAAACAAGAGUUUAAGUUCUUCCAAACCCUUUCCAGUAUUUUCCAUUUUAGUCUUUGAAGUUUCUACGUGGGAAUGAAAAGAUAGAUCUUCUUUUGGGGAAAAAAUUGAAACUGGUGAAAUUUUUGCUUGUGAUAGGAUUGUAAUGUUCCUGUGAAUAACACUUCCUAGUUAAAAUACUGUCAGCUAUUGCAAUACCUAAACAAUACAAAAUGUUUGAGCUGCGUCCAAAAAUUACUGAAAUGAAUGGUUACCUUUAACAGAAUUUAAGUAUUUUGCUGAGUCUAUAUAUAAAAUUGCUGCAGUAUAUAAGGCUUAAUGACCCAGGCAGUAGCUAGUAUGGCAGUCUAACUAAUUUCUCAGCAAGUAGAAGCUUCAUUUGUAAUAUUUUUACAGGUGGGGCACCAUUCUACAAAAAUCAUAAACAAGUUGAGAGUUCAGUAAGAGCUAAAAGCCUUUCACGGGAAGAGGUUUUGGAAAGUACAAGUGGAAUGACUCAAAAGCAUUCUUCAAUUGUGAGGAAAAAAAUAAUAUCAAUUUGGAGUACUGAUUUGGAGUAAAGAAGAUUCAAGUGGUGAUAUGAUGGUCCUCAAUAAGGAAUUUGAAUUAUAACCUGCAUGAAAACAACUGCUUUAACUCGCAGGCUGAUGCUGCUGUGGAGUGAGAGCUUUUAAUUGUCUGUGCUCAAUUUAGACAGCUGGAGAUGUGUUUAUUAGUAGAUACGUAUGCUUUGGAAUGGAAGUUUACCUGAGCUGUUUGGCUUUUGGCUGCUCUGGAAUGGUAUUCUCUCUUUUUUUGUCAGAUAUUAAUCUUAGAUGUGAAAGACUUUCUAAUACAAGUAAUCCUAUGAGAUAUUUUGUUUUCAGAGAAUUUCCAGGUAUCUCUUCUGACCGUAAUGAUUCUGAAAAGUUUGUAAUACAUUUAUCCGUUAAUGAACAAAGGCAUUUAGUGCUUUAAUAUAUAAACUUACUUACUGACCUUUCAUUUGUCAUUUGUAGAAUAAAGGUGAUAAAGAACACCGAGGCUGGUCAAACAAUUUUCUUUCUUAAAAGCCUGAUUUUUUUCCCUGUUAAGGCUGAUAUCACAUCUUGGCAUGACAGGGCUGUGCACAACAAUUAUUACUGACAGUAAUGGCUUCCCAUAUUCUAAUGAUGGCAAUACUCCAUGGCAACGUAGACUUGAAAUUCCUAGACAUGCAUAAAAUAUGCCAAGGUUUAAAAAUGUAGCACUUAAUACAGGAUGAAUGACUUAAAGUACAAGUGCCAAAGCCAUUGUUGGUAGGAGAAAAUUAAAUAGGAACUUCUGAGAAGCUGCUUCUCCAGAGGAUGAUUUUGUUAGAACAGUAGACAGGAUAGUACAAGUAUUAACAAAACUUCCAAUGUACAGUUUUAUAUGCAACCAUCCAUUUCUAGGUAGUAAAAUAGGUAGUAGCUGUAUUUUUGUGAAAUGUAUUAAUUCAUAUUGUGAUUAGACUCAAUACUAUAGAAACACUUUGAAACUAUCAGUUCACAUUAAAUUAUAUUUAUUUGUUUCCCGUAUCUUUUAGGGUA